CAUCGUACAACUUACCGGGCCGCCGUUCAACAAUCGGCCGCCAUCGCCAUCGCCAUGGACAUGGACAUGGAUAUGGGCGGUGACAGCCCCUCAUCUUCGUCACCUCUCAAUGCAACCGCAGUUGACUUUUCCAACGAGACACAAGCAUUCAACUUUUUGCAGGAGAUCCUCGACGAUUCGACUUUGGGCGUGGUGGGGAACCAAUAUGCGAGAUACUUCUGGUAUGGCGUUGUCGUGGUCAUAUCCCUUGCGAGUCUCUGCAACAUCGCACAGAGAUCUGUGCUAUGGAUGAGACUCCGAGCAAGCGCGAGAAACCGUUCACGGCCGGCGAUGUCUACAAACUUCGUCACCCAAAGCCUCGCUACCGCAACCGCUCUCCUUCGAGAGCCGGGCUAUAUCCAGAUCACGCCUGUCGGAGCAUCAAGAUGGUUCAAAGUGCCUCCUCUGGGCCAUGCCUACAUCAUUGUUGCGUAUUUCGCCUUUAUCCUAGCGCUGGUGUUCAUCAACAACAACGUCCCUGGCGCUCAGCACUACCAGGCUCUGGGUAUCCGCGCUGGAUGGCUUGGAGCAGCGCAGGUACCGCUACUGGUAUUGACGUCGAGCAAGACGAAUCUAAUUGGCUUCCUUGUUAACUCGUCCGUCGAGAGGCUCAACAUCUAUCACCGAUGGGUCUCUCGUGGCUUGCUGCUGCUGGCAACGCUGCACUUUGGUCUGCAGAGCCACGCCUGGAAUAUCUACGGUUUAAUGGCAAUGGAAUGGCAAACAGACGCCUGCCCCCCUACUGGCAUGGCAGCGUAUGCCAUCUUGUUAUGGAUGAACCUAACAUCGCUAGCACCACUACGAUUUUUCUCGUACAAAAUAUUCGUAGUGCAGCAUUUGCUCACGUACUUUGGCUUUAUAAUUGCCAUUGUCUAUCACCUUUAUGGGACUUCAUCUCCCUAUUCCACAAACUAUAUCUACAUAAGCAUUGCACUAUAUCUAGUUGGACAGCUGAUCCGCUUCGUACGGGCUGUCGUAACCAACAUUCGACCAAGCAAAGCGACCUUGACAGUGCUCGAAGGAGACGCUACCAAGAUUCGGCUCUCCAGUCGACAGAUCAAAUCAUGGGGAGGUGGAUCAUAUGUACGCUUAUUUAUGCCGCGGUUCAACGUCGUCCUCGGACAUCCUGCGACAAUAUUAUCAACGCCAUCAUCACAUGGCGGUGAUCUGGUAUUUAUCUUGCGCGCAUGUGGUGGUUUCACUCGACGUCUUCUCAAGGCUGCCGAAGCUGGGAACGAUCAGUCUGAGUAUUUGACUUUUAUAGACGGACCAUAUCCAAGCCCGCAUGCAGAUUUCGCCUGCUUUGAUACGUUGGUCCUUAUUGCCGGAUCGACGGGGGUGACUUUCACCCUGUCGAUUCUUCUAGACAUCGCAAGGCGAACUCAAGCGGGAAAACCUCUUCCUCUUCGGACUCUUCACUUCACCUGGGUGAUCAAACGUCGUAGCUGGAUAUCCUGGGUUUCCGAGGAGUUGCGCUCAGCAUUUGACAUGCUUCGCGAAGCAGGUAUUGAAACUGUAUGCAAUAUUCACAUCACAUGUGACGAUGAUAUCGCGGGUGAUGAAUCUGCUGGCGGGUGUCAGUGUGGAGAGGGUUGUGGAUGCUGCCAAGUCCAAGAACAAAAACAAGACUGUGACAGUGAUCAGCAAACCAGUCUUGAUAAAGAGAAAGACGCAGAAGAAAGUAUGGCGCAAGUCUCCAGGCCACAGAGCCGUAGGACUUCAGACGCAGAUCUUCCAUAUGCUGAGAUACAGGUUGGACGGCCUACAUUUAGGAAUCUACUAGAAAGGCGAGUGUGCCAGGCGCAAGGCGAGACGGCUGUUGCGGUUUGUGGCCCGCUGGGGUUAUCUGUCGCAGUGAGAGCGGCAGUGGUAAAAGUAAGCGAUGAUUUGGCUGUUGACAAGGGAAAUGGAAUAUCCGGUGUUUAUAUGCAUAUUGAGAAUUUUGAAUAGGUAGAGAGGGGGGGGUAAUAAUGAUAAUGUUAUGACGACAACAUAUUUGUCACGCGAGUAAAUGAAAGAAGCAUGGCCUAAAAGUAUUCAAGUAGCC